CCGGAUGCUGGGGGACAGGAAGAGGCAGGUGACCACGCGGCCACAUGAGGAGGAUGAGCUGCUCACCCGUCUGCUCAAAGGCCCUUCAGACAGCCAUGCCGACAACCAAUCAAACCUUAAGUCCCCCGUCACCGUGGGCAACCCACGCCGUAUCUCGGCUGAGGGCCUGGACACCUUCAGCCGUCACUUUGAGAGCAUCAUGGAGUCACACCGUGCCAAAGGCACGUCCUACAGCAGCCUGGACAGUGACGACAUGACCCCCAGCGUCCCGCCCGUCUUCACCUUUGACCUGCCGACCCUCACGCCGGAGAUCCAGAGCCAGAUCUGUGUCAGCGCGCGGCAGAUCGCUGAGCUCGGCUUUGCCCCACUGGCCCGGGCUGAGGCCCUGAGCCUGUCGGACCGGACUGGGGGCUCGGACCCAACGCUGGCGCCCUUCAAAGAAGAGGCGGGCAGUGGAUCGGAGGACGACACCACCACCAGCGCCAUGAACACACCCAUGUCCGAUGACAACCUGGACUCUGCACUCAGAGAGAAGCCAUGCCUUCACAUCCCGGAGUCGGACCCCGAGGUGGCCGAGCGACUCGCCCUGGGGAGUCCAGACAACCUGUCCAAUGGGAACAAGGCCGAUCUGGAGGCAGCCAAGAGGCUGGCCAAGCGCCUCUACAAGCUCGACGGCUUCAGGAAGUCCGACGUUGCCAGGCACCUUGGCAAAAACAAUGACUUCAGCCAAAUGGUGGCAGAGGAGUAUCUAAGUUUCUUCAACUUCACAGGGAUGACAGUGGACCAGGCACUGAGGGCCUUUCUGAAGGAGUUUGCCCUAAUGGGGGAGACACAGGAGCGAGAGCGGGUGCUUUCCCACUUUUCCAAAAGAUAUCUCCAGUGCAAUCCUAACACCAUUCCCAAUGAAGAUAGCGUCCACACUCUGACCUGUGCACUGAUGCUGCUCAACACAGACCUGCAUGGCCAUAACAUUGGGAAGAGGAUGUCCUGCAUGCAGUUCAUUUGCAACCUGGAAGGGUUAAAUGAUGGACAGGAUUUUCCAAGAGAGCUUCUCAAGGCAUUGUACCACUCUAUCAAGAAUGAGAAGUUGCAAUGGACCAUAGACGAGGAGGAGCUGCGGAAGUCCUUCUCGGAGCUGGCAGAGAGCCGAACGGACUCUGCAUCCCACACGAUGAAGCGUAUCAACAGCGGUGGCAACCCGCUGGUCAGCGUGGCCCAGCAGUCCAAUGCCCAGCUCUACAAGAACGGCUUCCUUGUACGCAAGGUCCACGCCGACAUCGAUGGCAAACGGACUCCCCGAGGUAAACGAGGAUGGAAGUCAUUCUACGCCAUUUUGAAGGGCCUGGUUUUGUACCUGCAAAAGGUAAAUGGCAAUAAGGGAGAGUACCGGCCCGACAAGCUGACUGAUGAGGACUUGAAGAACGCUGUGUCCAUUCAUCACGCGCUGGCCAUGAGAGCAGCCGACUACAGCAAGAGGCCCAACGUCUUCUACCUGCGCACAGCCGACUGGAGGGUCUUCCUCUUCCAGGCCCCGAACGCAGAGCAGAUGCAGUCCUGGAUCACACGCAUAAACACAGUGGCGUCCAUGUUCUCGGCCCCUCCCUUCCCAGCGGCCAUUGGCUCCCAGAAGAAGUUCAGCCGACCUCUGCUGCCAGGAUCGACCACAAAGCUCACUCAGGAGGAGCAAGUCCAAUCCCAUGAAACACGAUUUCGGGCGGUGUCUUUCGAGUUGACCGAACUGCGUACCGUUCCCCUAGAUCGGAAGGUUAAAGGUCGUGAGCUGGAGGAACACAAGCAGCGGGAAGAGUAUCUGGAUUUUGAGAAAACCCGUUACGGGACCUACGCCAUGCUGCUGAGGGCCAAGAUCCGCAGCGGCGAGUCGGACCUUGCCGCCUUCGAGGCGCGCCUCUUCGCCGACGGCGGGCUCCAGCGGGCCCACUCCAGCCCCACGCUGGCCCAGGAGACGUGCAGCAGCCAGGCCAGCAGCAGCAGCGCCGGCAGCGCCAGCGGGAUUAGCGCGGGGGGCAGCAGCAGCGAGCGGAGCGGAGCAGCCGCCCGGAGCAGCGCCAGCGGCAGCAGCAGCAGCAAGCGGGGCAAGCGCUCCGAGGGACCGAGGCACAGCCACAGGAAGGCCGUCAAACAGUGAAGAGGAUGCUUGUUGCUGGAGGGGGAGCCGGGGGGUGGGGGUGGAAAAGAGGUUAUGGAUGGGCGGGCAGAGAUGAGGGGGUGUGAGGAAAAGGAAGCCCUUGACCCACCACAACCUGUUUGACGGCUCACUAAAGAGGAGACAGAUUUAUUGGGUGGACCAGGUUGUGGUUACAUCCUCAUGUGGCUGACUCGUCCAUGCAGCAUGUACUGUUCGCAGAAAGGAAUGAGUAGUUUGGCCCAGUGACGGCUGGUCCUGGAGUAGAGGGUUGUUUAGAAUGAAGGCAAAUGGAGAAAAACAACAACUUUUUUUCUGGGGGAACAUCACCAGCUUCAGAUCGGUUUUUUUUCCCCUUCUUUGUACAUCUCUGGGGUUUGCAUUUUCUUUCUGGCAAACCCUUAAAAACAGAGAAGUUCAUUUACUUUCUCCGAAGGCAACUAGGGGACUCUCUCCUGCCAUGUAUUUCUGAAGGUGCUUUAGGGCUAUGAAAUAUUCAUCCGUAAACCCUCAGACCAAACCUCUAGUACAGGACAAAGCCCUCUUCACGGCACUUAUGUCGUCACAGUGUCUGAGCCAUAAGUGACUCCUGGAGCCUACUGCUGCCUGCCAUAUAGUGGAGGAUCAACGAAGAGAGGGAUAGACACUUACUGUAUUUUUGUUUUUACGCAUGAGAAAAGUUCCAAAAAUCUCAUAUCAUUACUGAACUCUUCAAGCACAGUAUCAUAAGUCAUUCAGACAAAAAAAAACUCUUGUCUGUAUAUUAGAAGUUUCUGAAUGCAUGGUUUAAAGCAUGCUUAUGAUUUUGUCUGUUUGUCUGUCGUCUUUAUUUCUUCCAGUGUUUGAUUACCAUGCUACAGUAGUGAAGAAAUCUCUUUCCUGACUGACCGUUAUGAAUGUCAAAGUCAAACAGAAGUCCAUAGGGAAGCAAACAGACAAUGAAGUGAUGAGAUGACUGUUCAGUGUGAAUGCACACUGCUUUACUCCACAUCCUGUGAAUUGUAUUUGUAUAUAUAUAUAUAUAUAUAUAUAUAUAUAUAUAUAUAUAUAUGAAGUCAAUAUAAUAACUGCUAAUGUUUUUAUGAGCUGUGCUGAGCAAAAUGUUUGGUCUACACAACUGGACCUUGGCAAAGCCAGUCUGUACUCAGGCUUUGUUGUCACCCCUGCAAUGCAAAUGCUCAGCCAGCAGGCGGUCCUCUAGCCAAUUUUAAAUGGCUUCCGGUAGCUGUGCCUGGGUGUGUGUUUUUGGUGGCUUAAGCUACGCACAGUCCGCCAGUGGCUGGUUUCUGAGUAACUAAUCUGAGUGUGAUCAAAGAGAGUGACUCGAGGGCUCUGACAUAGAUACACACUUGUUUUGCUCUGAAGGUAACUGGAAGGGUUACACUGUGAACAAAAAAGGGCAGACAUUCACAAACAAGGCCUCAUAUAUUGUCCUGGGCUAAAUUAAAUGAACCUCCAGACAGACAAUCUCUCCUUUGACUUAACGGCAAUGACUCCUAGAAGCACAAGGUCAAGUGUUGGUAGUGAGAAGCAUUGCAUACAGUAUGCGGACCUUAAGGUUAGGUAGUGAACCUCUGAGGCACUUUAGAUAUUGUUAUAUUUAGGGUGUGCAUCAAAAGCUAAGAGAUUUAUUUAUAUAAAUAUAUAUAUAUAUAUUUUUUUUUUUUUUGGACAUGUAUUGUUCAUGUCUUGUUGAGUAUUUGUAAGUACUAUUAAAAUGUAUUGAAUUUAAAGCAGUUUUAUGUAAGGGUUUUUACUGGAUACUGGUAAAAUUAUUCAAAUGUAGUUUUGUUGCAUCACAUAUUGCUACAUGUUCAUUAUUUCUACUCUGUUAUUUCUGUUGGUAUGGUAUGGGGAUGCCCAUAUUAGUUGUAUAUACUGUGAAUAACAUGCUCUGAUUGCUCGACAAGACUCUGUUACAUUGUUUGUAUUUUUUGAGAGCAUAGCGACAGAAUAAACACAUUUUAAACAAUGA